AAGUCAAAUUCAGUUUACUUUUCAAGAUUUCACUUCAGGCAACAAGUAAACGAAGAAGAAAAAAGGAGCAGACUAGUACAACAAGUGUUGCUCACUUUCCUACACAGAGAGACACGGACAGAGUACAGAGAGUGCACUUGGCUGUUUGACCAAAAAGCAGAAGAAGCUGAUUUUUAGUAUGUAUCUUCCAUUCUUAUACACCCUUUUGCUUUUACUAACUUCACUUGAACAACCCAUCUCAGCUGCUAAUCAGCCUCAUCGCUAUGCCAACAAACACGGACCCUCUUCUGUUAUUUUUCCUGUUACUGGCAACGUUUAUCCAAAAGGGUACUUUCAUGUGACUAUAAAAAUAGGUCACCCUGCCAAAGCUUACUUCCUCGAUAUAGACACGGGCAGUGAUCUCACUUGGCUCCAAUGUGAUGCUCCGUGUACAAAGUGCAUACCGGCCCCUCACACUCCCUACAAGCCAACCAAAGACCUGGUUAGAUGUAGGGAUCCAUUAUGUGCGUCACUUCAGUCUCCGGAAAACCUUCCUUGUGGAACUCCAGAAGAGCAAUGUGAUUAUGAAGUCGGAUAUGCUGAUCAUGGUUCAUCUAUGGGUGUGCUUGUCAAAGAUUUUAUUUCAUUAACUUUAACUAAUGGUAGUAUACUUGGUCCCCGCCUUGCUUUUGGCUGUGGUUAUAAUCAAGAAGUUGCAGAUUCAGUGCAUCCACCUUACACCGAUGGAGUCCUCGGCCUCGGGAAAGGAAAAUCAAGUAUUGUAGGACAGAUUUUUAACCUGGGUUUAACACAAAAUGUCGUUGGUCAUUGCUUGAGUGGCCAUGGGGGAGGUUUCCUAUUUCUGGGAAAUGAUCUUCUUCCUUCUUCUGGAGUCAUCUGGAUGCCGAUGUCAAGCAAAUCUAUAGGGAACCACUACUCUUUAGGAAAUGCCGAACUCCUAUUCGGUGGCAAGGCUACUGGGGUAAAGGGUCUCAACAUGGUAUUUGAUAGUGGAAGUACAUACACCUACUUCAAUUCUCAAGCCUACAAAGCUUUAUUUUCUUUGAUAAAGAAGGAAGUCAAUGGUAAAAAUUUGAAUGAGGCAAAUGAUGAUAAAAGCCUCCCAGUGUGCUGGAAAGGCACCAAACCUUUUAGAUCCAUUCGCGAUGUCAGUAAUUUAUUCAAGCCAUUAGCUCUGAGUUUUACCAAAUCCAAAACUGCUCAGCUCCAAAUGCCACCUGAAGCUUAUCUUAUUGUCACUGAUAAAGGAAACGUGUGUUUAGGUAUCAUGGAUGGCUCCGAAGUUGGACUAGAAGACUUCAAUAUUAUAGGAGACAUUUCGCUGCAAGAUAAAAUUGUGAUAUUUGAUAAUGAGAAACAGCGUAUUGGAUGGGCUACUGCAAAUUGCGAAAGACUUCCCAAUGUGGAUCAUGAAGCAACUCAGAAUUUUCUGCAUUCAUAUGGAGUUGACUCUGGUAUCUUGCAGGACUAUUGAUGAGGGUGUAUAGUUGUAAGUAAUGUACUAUGAAGUUUUUGCCAGAGCUGUUGAUAAAACCUCCCGAGAUAUAGUGUACAAGAUGAUAAUAAGAUUCGGAUUGUUAUUAAGUAUUAUAUAAUAAAUAUCCGCCUUUAGUAUA